AUGCAAAAAUACGAAGCUGAAUUGAAAUCACUUAAUCAGCAGGUUGGUUUUUUAAAAAUUUCAGGCAAAAAAAAUUUCUCUACAGAUAAGCCUUCGAGAAAAUGAGUUAGCCCAACUCCUCAGAAAAAAUGCCAACGAGAUCAUUGAACUCAAAAAUGAUUAUUCAAAAGAAUUAGAGAGGAUGGGAAAAGAAAAAAUUCAAAAAAUUCAAAAAAUUCAGGAGAAAAAUAUGAAAGUGGAUGAGAAAAUUCAUGGAUUCAAGAUCAAAAGUGCUUUGGAGCAGCAAUUACGAUUAGAGCUUUUGAGAAAGGAUGUAAAUCUAUCCAAUUAUUCACGGCAUUUUGAGGAGCUCAAAACAUUGGCUGGGAAAAUGGAAGAGCAUUUGGGAACUGCUAGAAAAGCCACAUCUUUGAAGUUAAUGCAUACAUUUUCAAGUGAAAUGAGUGUUUUGCUUCAGCGAAUUGAUGAAUUUAGAAAUGCGGAUGAUUAUUUUGGACAAAGGAAGAGGAUUUGUAAGAAAAUCGAGGAGGAAUUGGGUGACAUUGAAGGGAAACUUCAAGUUUUAUCGAUAGAUUAUAAAGAAUCGGAAGUGAUGGGGAAAAUGGUUGAGGCAGUUGCAAAAAAUAUUAAAAAAUCGAUUGAUUUAAUUGCGAUUCUUCCGAAUGUUGUUAAAACUAAUUGUUUGGAGAAUCGUAUUCGAAAACAAAUCAAAGCUAUUGAAUGA